CGGCGCACCAACUGCCACGCGACUGAGAGGCCUCUCUCGCGCUGGUCGACGCUAAAAUGGGGCACGACCGAAUGUAACCAGUGCGGUUUGCAUGAGUGGACCUACCUGCGUGCUCUGCCACUAUGUUUCGACGAUCUACGGGCUAAGGAGGGGCAUCGGGGGCGGCAGGUCGAGGAAGAGCUUCGUCUGUGAGUUGUAGAGAAGAUGCGUCAGGAGAUCGACGAAUGCGGCGGCGGCGGCAGCAACAUCAACAUCAACAACAUCUUGCGCGCUCUCAUGCUCAACUGGUUUUGCCGCAUAGGCUGUUUUUACCGGCAUAUCAAACCGGUCCGACUACGAGUAGCCGUAGAAGUACCGGCGACGGCGACGGCGACGGCGACAGCAGCGGCCAGCUACAUCCUCCUGCUCCCCUUCACCUUCGUGACACGCAGCGACUUGUCUCAAGAUCCGGAAUAUGUUGGGUG